AUGGGUUUGAGCUGCGCGCUGACGAGCGGCAUCUCGCUUUGUUGCUUCUCGAACACGCCUGCUCGACUCAGCUGUGGCGCUGGUAUUCUGCAUCGUUCUAAGCUGUGUCUCGGUGGUUUUGGGGAGCCUGCGCAAGGCAGGCCGCACAGUGCGAACCACGGUGCUGUGCGUCUGCACGGAACCGUAACUGCCUUCAAGCACCGCCGCGGCUACGGCUUUGUGCUGGCGGAGGGGAUUGCCGCAUCUGCACCCCCUCUCAAGCAUAGAUACGUCGCUCUCGAUACUCAUGCCGCGGCUGCUGGCAACGAUGGCAUCCAGCCGGCGCGGGAGGAGGCGUGCAACGACCUGCACAGGUCCUUUUUUUUCACUCGCAGCGCACUACUGGGCGGCUUUUACGUUACGGAGGGAGAGCGGGUUUCGUUCGCGGUAGUUCCGGUGUCCCCGAGGAGAGGAAUCAAUCGCCGAGUAGCGGGAGACUCGCCAAGCAGCCGUAAAGACGACGGUGACCACGCUACCUUAGCCGCCGCCGAGACGGCAGAGUUCUCGCUGGGCAGCGCAGAAGGGGAGUUGGAGGAAGACGGCAGCGCAGCCACGAGCGAUACCCAAUCCCAGCCGCAUCGCAUCGCCGUCAGCUUAAGAUACUACGACCCUACAACAGGAAAGGAAACACCGAUAUCCCCGCUGAUGCUCUACGGGAAAAUUGUAGAGUGGCAUGCAGCGGAGGGUGUCGGCGUGAUUGCGGAGCUGGACACGCGUCGGCAGUACCACGAAGAUGCACCGCGCUUUCCCUUUUCGAUGGAGAGCGUGGAUCUCACCUUUGGCACAGAGUUGCGUCCCGGCCGCUACGUACGCUUCUGCCUGGAGCCUGCCACUCCCGCGCAGAGUGUCGGCGGCGAAGACACCGUCCUCGCAGUGACGCCCACAAGUGGUGCGGAGGCCGCUGCCGACGUCGACGAAGGUGUGGCGCUCGUGGCGCAGCGCGUCAUCAUCGAUUCCACGAUGGAGCGUCGCAAGGGCGCCUUUGGCCGCCCGCUCGUCCUGGCCGACGCAGCGCCGGGCACCAUGACGAGCGAGUCCCGGUUCUCCGGCGUGGUACGGGAGGUGAGGGUGGAUCACUUCGGCUUCAUCCAGGACGACCUCAGCGGCGAGUCCAUCUUCUUCCACUUAUCAAACGCGUCUUCGAGGGUGAGGGCGGGCGACCGGGUUACGUAUCUGCUUCGCGAGGUGAAUCAUGGCAAGCACGCCGGCAAGAAGGCGUGCUACGACGUCCUCGUUGAUCAGACGACGACGAGCCGUGCACCCGACGCAGCCAGCGAUGGCGGGGCGGCUGCGGGUGGGCAUCAUCAGAAACACGCGGCAGAACGCCGCUCCAAGACGGCGGGCGAUGCGGGUGACUUGGACUUCGAACUCCUUUAG